GGGCCCGACCAUGCAGCCCCUGGAUGUGGGUUCGAUUCCCGCCGCGCCGGGGGAGCCGAGGCUGACGCGCUGGCUGCGGAAGGGCAGCGGAAUCCUGGCGCACCUGGUGGCCCUGAGCUUCACCCUCUUCCUGACGCUGCUGUCCCGUCCGGGAACGAGUCGUUUCUCCUGGCACCCUGUCUUCAUGGCCUUGGCGUUCUGCCUCUGCAUGGCUGAAGCCAUUCUCCUUUUCUCACCGGAGCACUCCCUCUUCUUCUUCUGCUCUCGGAAGAACCGGAUCCGAUUGCACUGGGCAGGCCAGGCCAUCACCAUCCUCUGUGCGGCCCUAGGUCUGGGCUUCAUCAUCUCGAGCAAGACCCGCAGUGAGCUGCCGCACCUGGUGUCAUGGCACAGCUGGGCAGGGGCUUUGACCCUGCUGGCCACGGCUGGGCAGGCGGUGUGCGGGCUGUGCCUCCUCUUCCCCCGGGCGACCAGGGUCUCAAAGGUGGCUCGCCUCAAACUCUACCAUCUGACCUGCGGACUGGUGGUCUACCUCAUGGCCACGGUCACGGUGCUCCUGGGCAUGUACUCAGUGUGGUUCCAGGCCCAGAUCAAAGGUGCAGCCUGGUACCUAUGCUUGGCGCUGCCCCUCUACCCGGCCCUAGUUAUCAUGCACCAGAUUUCUAGCUCCUACUUGCCCAGGAAGAAAAUAGAAAUAUGAAUGUCGCCCACCUCCAAGUCUAGGUGUGGCAGGGCUUUGGACUUCAUAGGUUCUACUGAUCACCUUCCAGGG